AUGGGUACACCAACGACUCCAGCCCCUGCGACGCCGGCUCUUCUUUUGCACCCUCACCCACGGAAGAAGUACAUCGCCGCAAGAGCAUUCUAUCUCACGAUUGCGUUGAUAUGUCUCUUGACUGCAUGGAGUGCUGUCUUGUCUAGGGGUCAAGAGCAAGUCGCGGCGCGCGAUGAUUGGACGUUGCUGCGGCGGGGACAGGCUGGAACAGAGAAGUCUCUCAGCGUCCCAGUCAGAAUCGCAAAGAGGGAUCAAGCGGUAGGGGAGCCUACAGAAUACCACGUAGAAUAUGCCAAUACUAAUGCGAUCAAAAGUAAUUGUCCAGAUGAGGAAGCUGGCCUGUUUUCCUACCUUCAACUCUAUUAUUGCAAGCUACCCAAGGCAAAACCAGUCGCAUUCAUCAUCAUGGUCACCUGGCUCGGUCUUCUAUUCACAGCGAUUGGUAUCGCAGCCAGUGACUUCUUCUGUAUCAAUCUAAGCACCAUUGCAAGCAUACUCGGUCUGAGCGAGAGCAUAACGGGGGUUACGUUCCUGGCCUUUGGUAAUGGCAGCGGAGACAUCUUCUCGACGUUUGCAGCUAUGAAGACUCAUAGUGGAAGUUUAGCGGUGGGUGAGCUUAUCGGCGCAGCUAGUUUCAUCACUACAGUGGUGGCCGGGUCAAUGGCGCUCGUUAGACCUUUCAAAGUUGCAAGAAGGAGUUUCGUUCGAGACGUAGGUUUCUUCAUUGUGGCGGCAGGCUUUAGCAUGGUGUUUCUUGCCGACGGGUCUUUGCACCUGUGGGAAUGCAUCGCGAUGGUCGCUUUCUACAUCUUUUACGUGGUCUUCGUAGUAAUCUGGCAUUGGUCUCUCAAGCGGAGAGCAAAGCAAAGAAAUCUUGAAGAUACUGCCCGGAGUCACUACCAUAUACCAGGCACUGAUGAGGGAGCUGUUGAGCCAUAUCGUGACGAAGAAGGCGAGGAGGUACGGCCAUCGAGAAGCCGGGCUACUACCCGAACAGUCUCAAUGGAGGAUUUUGCAACCCUCGAAAGAGCCGGAAGUCCAAUACCAAAAGCCAUCGCAGAAGAGAUAGACGCCAGCGACGAAACGAGAGACAGAUAUCUUGCGGAGAUCAGCAGCAACAUGCGUGUGAGCCGAGUUCGUGCGGGCGAGCGGCGGAACACCAUCAAUCCCAUACGACCCAGCCUCGUCGGAGCCCUGGAAUUCACCGCUAUCCUUUCUUCAUUGCAAAGGUCUAGAAAUAUUCAAACAAUGCCGAUCAAUCUCCGCCGCUAUUCAGACGAUCCAACUUUUACGGCGGCCCAGCAGCAGGAUAACAUGUCUGUCGUUUCUAAUCCAGAACGUGCUCAUGACGAUGUCGAUUCUCAUGACUUGGCGUCCAAUUCUGGAAGGAGUAGUCAGGAAAUCGAUCGCAACGGCCCACUACGUGUUCGGGCAGUCUCAGCAAAUGAUGCCCUAGGAAUGCGAAGAGACCCCGAAGCCUUUCGGAAACCACAACCAGAAGUUCCACAGGUCGACUUUCUAUCCCCUUCGCCACCAAAUAGUGGAAAGGUCCCCCCUCCAGGUGUCUCUGAGGCUGAAGACGGACCCAGCAAAGAUCCACCUCGAUUAUCUUUAUCGCCCUUUACCGCUGAUCAAAGCGACUUGGUCUCCAGCCCUUCAAGUCUGACCCCACAAGACCGCCGACGUUCUAUGGAUUUACUUGCGCCGCCAGGUGAUUCACAGAAUCUGCCAUCCGUUCACCACAGUACUACUUCCCUUGAUCACUCUUCCAAACCUCACGCUCCAAAACUCGAUAUUCCCCGGUCACCAGCAUCAUCACCAAGAGGAACCCCUCUUUCACCAUUUCCAGAGUACCACGAUGACCCAAAUUUCCUGCCGUCACUAUCGCGUUCGCGGACGCCUAGCAUACGAUUACCUCCUCCAAGUCUUGGCUCGGAGUCGACUUUCCGCCAGGACAUCUUCCAGGAGUCGGAAAAGCCACUACGAUGGUGGCCAUACAGGAUUUUACCAUCCCCUCAAAUACUUCUGUCUACGAUUUUUCCAACGUUGUACAAUUGGAAGCAGAAAAGCAUCUGGGAGAAGAUGCUUGGUGUUGUCGCAGCACCUAGCGUCUUUCUCCUCGUCAUCACCUUACCGACUGUAGAGGCAGAGAAAGACGACGAUUUACCUGACAUUGUCGAUCCAGACCCUGGACUGCUUUCUCCAGACAAAAGUCACUCUCGCAAAAAACCUCACGUUCCUGUGGUUUCAGAGAGCCCUGAACAACUUCCGCUGCGGGACCCUCAAACCCACCGUUCAAGAAAGUACACGAACGGCAAUAAUCUCGCGGUCUCCCCGUCCAUCAACGUCACUGCACCCGAGCCUCUUGACAUCCCAGCUCCUCGACUCAACAAGCCCACUCAAGACAAUACUCACGCAGCAUCAGAUUCGGAAGCCUCCUCACCAAAGGCCUGGAACCGUUGGCUUAUCGCAACUCAAUUAUUCACGGGCCCCUGGCUGAUCGUCCUCCUCAUCUGGGCAAAUAUCUCCCCAUCGAAUCCGCGCGCCCUUCUCCUCCCAACCCUUUACAGCCUCCUCGCCUCCCUAAUAGCCCUCUCCCUUCUCCUGCUUUUCACUUCCCCCACUCGGCCUCCUCGCUAUCGCUACCUUCUCUGCUACCUCGGUUUCGUAAUAGCCAUUGCCUGGAUCAGCACGAUCGCAAACGAAGUCGUUGGCGUGCUGAAAGCCUUCGGGACCAUUCUCAGCAUCAGCGACGCCAUCCUUGGUCUUACCAUCUUCGCCGUUGGGAACUCUUGCGGGGAUUUAGUCGCUGAUAUCACGGUCGCAAGGCUCGGGUAUCCUGUAAUGGCACUGAGUGCAUGUUUCGGAGGGCCGAUGCUGAAUAUACUGUUAGGCAUUGGGUUGAGUGGGUUAUAUAUGACUGUGAGGGGCGCCGAGAAUAGGGAGAGGAAGCAUCCGGGUGAGCCGUUGAGGUAUAAGCCGUACCAGAUUGAGGUUGGCGGGACGCUGCUGAUCAGUGGGGUAACGCUGCUUGUCACGCUGGCCGGACUGUUGAUUGUGGUGCCACUAAGAGGCUGGUGGAUGGAUAAGCGGGUUGGAGUGGGGUUGGUGGUAUUGUGGACGGCUAGCACGAUUGGGAAUGUCAUUGCGGAGGUUUUAGGAUGGGAGAAGAAGUUGACGUAG